UGAAAAGUCACUGCGUCAGGGCAUAUUGGUCAUGGGAAACACGCUAUCCACCUGUGGCAGAGGAGAUGUCAAGAAAUAGAUUUGAACUGUUGGCAAGGCAUAUAGGCCAUUUUCAAAAAAACCUGGAAAUAACGGUAAAGACAUUUUCUUGAAUGUUUUUGUUUCUAUAGCUAAAUGUUCGUAAGUAUAGUAGAAAAGAUCAGCCUGCAUCAACUCAUGUAUUUUUUAUCAGGUAGUCAUAACUUGCAGAAAUGAUAUUCCUUCAAUUCCCAAAAAGAUUAUGCAACUAAACUGUGAAUUUGUCUUUACCGUUACAAAGGUAAAAGUGAUUUGAAAUCUUUUAUUUCCCCAAUGAAAAAGUGUUUUUGUGAAAUGGAUGAAUUUAGUGCAAUGAAUCGACAUUAAUAGUGGUGAAACAAGGGCAUUUCUUACAAAUUAACCAUUGGGAAACUUCUAAAUAUCAGAAACAUAUCAUAUCACAAGAUAUGUCUUUACCGUUAUCAUAAUUUUCCUCCCAAUGAAAUCUAUGCAUCUUUAAGGCACCAGAUGGCACUACUAAAAGUUUCAGAAGUACCAGGAUGCAAGGCAGCCAUUUUUGUUUUUGGAAGUUCAGGACAAGCCACAUGUGUAGAACAGGAGUUCAAUAUUGGUUGGUGUCAAACAAAUACAUCGUCUUCACCGUGUUGCUAUUAAAUUUGCAUAGAAGGUAAGUUAUCUCCCAGAAACUGCUAGAGAUCAUAAAACUGCUGAUUUAAAAAUAUUUUAAACUAAAAUGGGACACUUGUACCCUCCUGUCUGCCUUUUUGUGAAAUAUUGUUGUCUUUACCGUUAUCUCAACUUGUCUUUACCGUUAUAUUUCUAGGUAACGGCAUAGACAAGAUAGUAACGGUGAAGACAAACAGGCUUAAUUCACCAUCAAAAAAUGCAACAAGAAAGUAUAACAUGUAUAUUGUUGAUAUUACUGUUUACACAUGUACUAACCACAUGUAAACUUUAUGUUGUUGUGAUACAGUAUUCUGAGAAUUUCCUUACACAUGGGUACUAUGUGCAAUGACCAUGAUGAUUAAAAAUCUGCACCUUUAAACUAUUUGUUGUUUGAUAUUUCUAUUUUGUUCUCUGUUGCAGCCUGGAAUCACACCAGCAAAAUUAUGCCACCUAAGAAGAAAAAUGUCCAAUGCAGAGGCUAUGAGAAGAUACAGAUUACGUAUGAUGGCUGAUGCAGAAAAGCAUGAAGCAUGGAAGCAGGCAGAAAGAGACCGUUACCAAAAGCGCAAACAAGCCGGGAAGCUGCAACACAUAAGCCAGCUACCGCCCAGGGAACAAAGGUCUCUCCGGCGUACUUGGAAGUUAAAGAAAAGAGAAAGUCGAAGGGAAAGUGGGCCUGAUUCUGCCAGUACAUCACAAACAGCUGUUCUGGAAACUCCCCCACAAAGCCCAGAAACUGUUCCUGAUCCACCUCUUGUGCGUAGACCUGUUCCGUCUCAUCAAAGACUAGCAGGUCGCAGGAAACUGAGGAGGGACAGCAGAAGAGCCUACAGAACAAUUGAUAAGCAAAAGGACACAAUCAAAAAACUUCAAAAUCAGGUUAAAGCAUUAAAGAUUAAAUUGAACAAGAACAGCAGACAAGACAGUGACACUACAUCAGUUAUAGAUGCAACGUCCAGUUCUUCCCCUGCUACCAGGGCAGAUGCCAUUAUGCAGUCUGGUAAUAAAGAUGCAAUUAGGAAACAGUUAACAUACGGGUUUGCUCUCUCAACUGAAGUAAAACAGAAACUGAAAAGCAGUAUCAAAACACAGAGACACAUGCAGGCUGUGCACAGAUUACUAACUGGUAAGCUACUGAAGAAAUACAGAUUGAUAGACAAAGCCAGGCGUGAGAUGGAUCUGAAAAGAUGGCAGCUGGAAAAGGAAAGCGAGUCUGCAUUUGGCACUGGGUCCCUAUUUGAUGGCAAAAGAAAGCACACAAAGAAAGAAGUAGAAGACAUAGUGAAGUCGUUUUACCUAGAGGACGUGAAUAGCACUCCCUCUGCAGGAAAACGUGAAACAAUAACCAGAAACAAACUUAAGAUGCAGAAAAGGUACUUAAGUGACAGCAUGCUUAACCUGUUUGAAAAAUUCAAGGCUGAGCAUCCAAAUGUGGAUGUAUCUUACACAACGUUCACAAGGCUAAGACCCUUUUACGUUGUACUGCCUUCAGUUCACCUUCGGGACACUGUCACUUGUAAGAUUCACCACAAUUUUGAAUUCAAGGCCACAAAACUUCAUUCUUUAGGUGUCUUAGUGCACUGUGAUCCACUCAAUGUUAUAAAAGAUAUUGUCUGCUCUACAAAACAGAAAAACUGCAUGUAUCAACAGUGUGAGAAAUGCAGAGAAAAGUUAGGUGAUAUGUACAAGAAUAUCGAGAAGAAAUCUUCUGAUGAAGUAGUUACAUACUAUGAAUGGCAAAAUUGUUAUGAAGAUAGAGUCUCUGCUCAAGGGAAACAAAUCAGUGUGAAAGUGGUCAAAAAGGUCCAACAACGAGCCACGAUUGCUGCACUAUGCCAGCUGUUUGAAGCAGAGUUAGCCAUCCUCAUGCCUCAUCAAUACAGAAUAUUUCAUCAGUUCACUGCCAUCAAAGACAUAAAACAAAGACUUGCAGAAGACGAAUGUGUGUUGCAGAUUGAUUUCAGUGAGAAUUAUUCCUGUAAAGCCGCAACUGAAAUCCAGAGUAUGCAUUUCGGUGGGAGCAGAAAGCAGAUUUCCUUGCACACAUGCCAUGCAACAUUCAAAGAUGGCAUCAAGUGUUAUUGCACAGUUAGCGAGGACAUCAGACACUCCGCUGAAUCCGCAUGGGCACAUCUAUCACCAGUUCUCGAUGACCUUUCAGCCAGGGGUAUCAGAGUUCUACACUUUGUCUCCGAUGGACCCACGACUCAGUAUAGAAACAAAACCAAUUUCUACUUGCUGUCUACAUUACCUUUCACUAAAUGGGGCUUCCAAAGACUGACAUAUAAUUUCUUAGAAGCAGCACAUGGAAAAGGUCCAGCAGAUGGCAUUGGUGCUGCUGUGAAAAACGGUGCGGACCGGUUGGUGGCACAAGGAGAAGAUGUUCUUAGUGUUACCCAGCUGAUAGAGUCCCUCAAAAACUUGAAUGUCACCUUAUAUGAGGUCAGUAGUGGACAAAUCAACACCAUUGUACAAGAUGUGCAGAAAUCCUGUCUGAGGCCAGUUAAAGGCACAAUGAAGGUUCACCAGCUUAUGACCGCUCUACCACAUGAAGGCACAGUCUUCUAUCGAGAAAUUUCUUGCUUUUGCAAUUCUGCACCAUACCCUGGGUUCUGCGAUUGUUAUUCUAAAGAGAAGUUUGAAGUGGAGUUCACUAACUCAAAAAUCUUGAGAAUUGAAAAAAACCUGAGUCAAGAACAGAUUGUAAAGUUUGAGAAACGGUUGGAAGAAGGGUAUGACAUCACAAUCCAGGACUUAGGUUCCCUUGAUUAUGAUGCUAGGCAAGAGUACCUGUACUGGACAGCAUGGCGAGCAGUCAAGCUACAAGAGACUGAACAGAAUAGUGAUCUUGAGGACAUAGAAGAUCAAGCGGACGAAACCGACGAAGAGUGGAAACCAACGAAAUACAACCAACAGAACCAGCCUCACAACUCUACAGCAAUGUUUCCUGAAAUCAACAAGAUCUAUGCAGUAUUCUUCCACGCCAGAGGCUCUAAAAAAGGAACUUUCUAUCUUGGCCGUGUAAUGAAAACAGAUGGUGAGGUCGCAGACAUGAAAUUUCUUGAAAGAAAGUACGGAAAUGGAAACCUAUAUGACUGGCCACGCAGGGAUGAUAUCAGCACAAUCAACACCAGCUUCAUUCUGCAGAAGGUGGAGUUUACUGGUCCACCCCCAUUUGCACUCACUGAUUUGGAGUACAAAGUCAUAAUUGGUAAGGUGCAGAAGUUUGACCUUGGGAGAACAUCUAUCAGUGAUAAAUAACUGUCAACCAUCUUGAGCUAUAGAGGACAUGAAGUGUUGUUAAUGCUUUUGCUGAAUCGGAAGAAAUACAGUUACAUGUACAUGUAGCAGUUAUGUUAGUGCAGACACUUUACUUUUUUGUUUUUCAGUUAAGAAUUCUUUGAGAGUUUGUCCAUUCACUUUCUACAUUUACUGUUACUCUUUGUUUUAACGAUUUGUCUGUCAAUGAAGCUUACAAACAUGACAAAUGUACAUGUAGUUCCCAGAGGGUAAAGGUUAUACACCCUACUUUGUUUUUAACAUAACAUUACACAGAGGAAAUUCCUUAUCGGUAGUGUGUAUGUUCAGAGAUUUCAGUUCAUUAAACAAAAUGUGAUGUUGCUGGGAUCCAAUCUUCCCUUGUUUUGUGUUCAACCCAGAGCGGUGUCUUCAGCAUGAUACUUCAGUGAGGCAGCACUAUAAAUAAGGAAGCAUUAGGACUGGCCUGCUAGGAGAAA